AUGGAGCUGGCAAAGGAGAUGAACAGAGUCUUGAAGAUCUCUGCCAUACCUACCGCUGUGUCCAGUGAGGAUACGUGCAGCCUGGAAGAGUGUCGCUGCUUCAUCAUGAAAUGGUCUGGCGAUUUGGACAAGCUGGUCCAGCAAAGCCAGAGUGCUGGACAGGUUGAGACAAGAAAAGGAGCAGAGCUGAGAAACACAGAGGAUCUUCCAGAACCAGAGGGGGAGGGACUGAGUGAGGGGGUGGGGCAGAACCAGGGGGAGGAGCUGAACCAAGAGGAGGAGCAAAGACUGAAGGACGGUCAUGACAUCAUCAUGCAGUGGGCAAGAGAGCUGAAAACAGUGCCGGAGAACUCUGUCUCAGCGGGGGAGGCUGUGGAACAGGGUCUUGCAGAGCUGGUGAAGGAGUGGAAACGAGGCAAGCUGAGGAACAUCUUACCCAUCAUGGAGUUCAUCAUGUGGGCCCUGAUCAAGGAGGAGGCAAAGGGAAUGCUGAAAUCUCAGAAUAUUGGUGCUGGGAGAUGCAUCCCUGAUUUAGUCUGGCAGUGGAUUCACAAGGCAUCAGUUGACAGUUUGACUCUGGACCUCGAUACAGCACACCCCCGGCUCACCCUGCCUGUGGAUGGGAAACAAGUGAGAGGGAAAAGGCAGGAUCAUAACAAUCCCCAGAGAUUUGAUUACAGGCGCUGUGUUCUGGGCAAGAAGGGCUUCACCUCAGGGAGACACUACUGGGAGCUGGGGGUGGGAGAGAAUACAUUCUGGAGAUUAGGAGUCAGCAGAGAGUCUGCACCGAGGAAGGAGGAGUUCAGUAUGACUCCCCAGCAGGGUUACUGGACUGUGGGGUGGGAUGGAGAUGAAGAUAAAUAUGAGUUCAUUGCUCUCACUGACCCCCAGACCCCCCUCCCCCUGAGCCUGAAGCCCCAGAAGCUGGGGGUGUAUCUGGAUUAUGAGGAAGGGCAGCUCUCCUUUUACAAUGUGGAGACCAGAUCUCACAUCUACACUUUCACUGACAUGGAGUUCAAGCCCAAUGAGAAACUCUAUCCAUUCUUCUGGACUUUGGACGAGAAAACAGACCUUGCACUGGUGUCCCCGGGGAAGAUGAAUGACAGUUCUUUCUUUCUUCUAGUCUGGAAAUUGAUUCUUGCUGCAUCAGUUGAUGUGACUCUGGACCCUGAUACAGCACAGCCCGAGCUCAUCCUGUCUGCGGAGGGGAAACGAGUGAGACUGGGAUGGUGGCAGAAUCUCCCUGACAAUCCAGAGAGAUUUGAUGAGAGGCGCUGUGUGCUGGGCAGGGAGAGCUUCACCUCGGAGAGACGCUACUGGCAGGUGCAGGUGGGGGGGAAUACAGACUGGAGAUUAGGAGUCAGCAGAGAGUCUGCCGAGAGGAAAGGGGGGUUCAGCAUGACCCCCCAGCAGGGUUACUGGACUGUGGAGUGGAGUAGAGAUAGGUUCACUGCUCUCACUGACCCCCAGACCCCCCUCCCCCGGAGCCUGAAGCCCCAGAAUCUGGGGGUGUAUCUGGAUUAUGAGGAAGGGCAGCUCUCCUUUUACAAUGUGGAGACCAGAUCUCACAUCUACACUUUCACUGACAUGGAGUUCAAUCCCAAUGAGAAACUCUAUCCACUCUUCUGGACUGGGGAUGAGAAUACAGACCUUUCUUGA